CUCACCAGCCCCCCGUACGCCCCGACCCAGCACCUCGAGCGGGAGCAAGCCUUGGCCAAGCAGUUCGCCGAGAUCCUCCACUUCACCCUCAGCUUUGAUGAGCUCAAGAUGACCAACCCCGCCAUCCAGAACGAUUUCAGCUACUACAGAAGGACCAUCAGCCGAAACCGCAUUAACAACCUGCAGCUGGAUGCGGAGAGCGAGGUGAACAACGAGAUGGCCAACAGGAUGUCCCUCUUCUACGCCGAGGCCACCCCCAUGCUCAAAACGCUCAGCAAUGCCACCACCAAGUUUGUUUCGGAGAACAAGACCCUCCCGAUCGAGGACACAACCGACUGCCUGAGCACCAUGGCCUGCGUCUGCAGGGUGAUGCUGGAGACCCCGGAGUACCGGAGCCGCUUCCCCAACACCGAGACCCUCCUCUUCUGCAUGCGGGUGAUGGUGGGCGUCAUCAUCCUCUAUGACCACGUCCACCCCGUGGGGGCCUUCGCGAAAACCUCCAAGAUCGAU